UGUUUUUAAAAUAAUAACAUUUAUUGCCAGUCUUAAGUUUUAAAACUACUAAAGGUUGCAUUUUGUUUAAACUCUAAAAUUAACUAAAAAUAUCCAAAAAUAAAAUAUCAAAUAUCCGUUUGAUUUUCCCAGUGUAUGCAAAUGAGAACGGGAUGAACAAGCAGGCGGUCCUAUCGUUGUUAGUAUUGGUUCAGGUCUUGUUCGGACUGUAAUAUCGUUAUUGUUAUACCUUACAUAUCCUAACACAUCCCACACACACACAUACACAUACACGUACACACACAAACUAAUAAGACGUCCUGCCCAAGGACACGAUGCAGAAGUCGCCGAUGACGAGCAAGCUAAAGGGUGUGAAGAAAGCAGAGAAGAAGAAGGCAGAAAAGAAGGAUGAGAACCCGCCGGCGAAGAAUCAGCUGCAGUGCCUUAACGAUUUCGAGAUGACCCAAAACGUUGACACUUUGAACCGCCAGAUGGAUACCUUCUGGAGGCAGGACGUUCGACAGGCAGGAUCUAGGUUGGAUGGCCUAUGGAUGCUUCACCACUGUAACUACAACAAGGGACUGGCCUUUACACUGAACGAAAGGAGAGUGUUAUCCAUUCACGGACUACUCCCGGUGGCAGUGCGAACCAUUGAUGAACAAGUGUUGGCCUGCUCAAAGAUCAUCGCCAUGUUCCCGAACGACUUGCAGAGGUAUGUGUAUAUGGUGUACUUGUCGCGGCGAAAUAGGCGACUUUACUACUACCUAUUGAUGAGCAAUCCCGGUCACUAUAUUCCCAUGAUGGAUGCCACCGAUUCCUUGAAGCUGCUCAAGCUCCAUCGGUUGCUACACUCCAUUGGCCAGGGUUUAUAUAUCUGCAUUAAGGAUCUGGGACAUAUACCUCAAAUCCUGGCCAAUUGGCCGUAUCGAUACGUUCGCUGCCUGCUGGUGAGCAAUGGAGCUUCGGUUCAGAGUCUGGGUGAUAUGGGUGUGGAUGAAAUGCCAGUUCUGUUUUCCAACAUUGAUCACAACGUGCUCUAUGGACGUAUCCAUCCGAAUUUUUGUUUGGCCGUCAUGCUGGAUGUGGGCACAAACAACGAGAAUCUAUUGAAGGAUCCAGCAUACACAGGCCUGAAGGAGCAUCGAGCGCCGGACGAACUGUACGAUAAGUUCUUUGAGGAAUUUACUGUGUCUGUCCUGCAGCAAUAUGGUUCACAUGCCCUGAUCCUCUGCAAGGAUUUUGAGCCCCAAAAGGCUAAGAAACAAUUGGAGCUGUACCGCCAUCGCCAGUGCAUCGUGGAUGUAGAUUUCCAGUGCCUGGCUGCAGUUGCUCUCGCCGGCGUUAUUGUCUGCGAUAGAUUGAGGAGGGUCUUCUUUGCCGCCAACAUAUUCCUGUUCUAUGGAGCAGAUGCUAUUAAUAUUGGCAUGGCUAGAUUGUGCAUGGCCAUGCUAAAAAGAGAAGGUCUCAUUGAGAUGAAGGCCAGGGAGAGAAUAUGGUUCUUUGAUUCAAAAGGAUUGGUGGUCAUGAGCAGGACGGAUAUUUCCGAAGAGCUGUUGGAAUUUGCCAAUCCUCGAGAGCCCAUCACCAGCUUGGUGGAAGCCAUCGAGGAAUUGAAACCGAAUGUCCUCGUUGGUGGUUCUUCACAGCCAAAUAGCUUCACCCCCGAUGUCCUAAGAGCCAUGGAGAAGGUCGCCGCAAAACCUGUGAUCUUUGCCUUAUCAAGACCCCUCGAUAAUGCCGAAUGUACGGCUGAGAGUGCAUUUUCCUAUACGAAGGGGCGAUGCGUCUUCAUUUCGGGGACAAAGCUUCCUCCCCUGAAAUAUGCGAACAAAUGGUACCAGCCGGGUCAUUGUACCAGUAGCUAUAUGGUGCCUGGUAUAAGUUGUGGUGUAAUGUUUGCCGGAUUUACCACCAUUCCAGAUGAAGCUUUCUGCGUGGCAGCGGAGCGAUUGGCUGGCUUGGUUUGGCCCUGCGAUCUGGAACAACGCAAUUUUUAUCCACCGAUGAGAAAGAUUCAGUGCAUCAGCUUACAGAUUGCCGAGGCCAUAUUCACGUACGCCUUUAGACGUGGCUUGGCGACACUCUAUCCCCAGCCGGAAAAUCCCAUGGAGUAUAUCAAGUCCUGUAUGUACACCUCGGAGUACCGCAAGAAUAUCGUUGAUGUGUAUUGCAUGCAAAAUCGUAGUAUUGCCACCACGGAAUCCCGCAAAUACUACCAGCUUAACAUCUAAGACCUGUACUUACUUUCGAGACCGUUAUUAAAUGGACUGAACCAGA